UUCAGGGGCUCAGAGGGGAAGAGCAGGAUUGAAGGCCUUUUGUUAUCAGAUGGUAAUCAGCUGCUGGACUAGACACAUAGGAAGAUCUGCAAACAAGACAACCAGGAAAAGAAAAACCAAGCAACAAAAGUGCAACUAAGGUUAGGUGCCUCUGAGCAACAUGGAGUACGCAUUUAAAGCGGUAACUCACAGCCCUGGGAUUAUCAUCUGGAGAAUUGAGAAAAUGGAGUUGGCCCAACUCCCAGAGAAAUCUUAUGGAAACUUUUAUGAAGGCGACUGCUACCUGCUCCUGUCUACUCAAAAGGUGAGCAGCUCUCUGAGUUAUGACAUCCACUACUGGAUUGGCUCUCAGUCCUCUCAGGAUGAACAGGGUGCAGCAGCUGUUUACACCAUCCAGCUCGAUGAGUUUUUAGGCUCCACUCCAGUCCAGCACCGUGAGGUUCAAAGCCAUGAGUCUGAUGCCUUCAGGGGCUACUUCAGACAGGGAAUAAUCUAUAAGAAAGGUGGAGUGGCAUCAGGCAUGAAGCAUGUUGAAACCAACACGUAUGAUGUUAAGAGACUUCUUCAUGUCAAAGGAAAGAAAAGAGUGACUGCUAAUGAGGUGGAGAUGAGCUGGAAGAGCUUCAACCUUGGUGAUGUGUUUCUGUUAGACAUCGGCAAGACCAUCGUUCAGUGGAAUGGACCCAAGAGUAACAGACAGGAAAAGCUCAAAGGCAUGUUGUUGGCCAAAGACAUCCGAGACAGAGAGAGAGGAGGCCGGGCAGAGAUCAGAGUGACAGAGGGUGAUGCAGAGAGCAACUCUCCUCAGAACAUGGAGAUCCUGAACGAUGCCCUUGGAGAAAGAUCCUCUGCGCUGACAGACGGGCCUUCGGAUGAAACUGCAGAUCAGGAGCAGAAGUCAAAACUCAUGCUGUGCCACGUGACGGAUGCUGAUGGCCAGAUGAAGGUAACAGAGGUUGCAAGCAGACCACUGGUUCAAGAUCUCCUUAACCAUGAUGACUGCUACUUCCUGGAUCAGGGAGGAACUAAGAUCUUUGUGUGGAAGGGAAAGAAAGCAAACAAAGCUGAAAGACAGGCGGCUAUGAGCAGAGCUUUGGAGUUUAUCAAAGCCAAAAACUAUCCGAUCACCACUAAUGUGGAGGUGGUAAAUGAUGGGGCAGAGUCAGCUCUGUUCAAGCAGCUGUUCCAGAGGUGGACUGUGAAGGACCAGACUCAAGGUCUGGGUAAAGCGCAUACAAGAGGGAAAGUGGCUCACAUCACACAGGAAAAAUUUGAUGCAUCUCUGAUGCACGUGAUGCCAGAGGUGGCUGCACAGGAGAGAAUGGUAGACAACGGCACAGGUCAAGUCGAGGUGUGGCGGAUUGAGAAUGUGGAGCUGGUACCUGUGGACCCUGAAAUGUACGGAUACUUCUAUGGAGGGGACUGCUACCUGAUCCUCUACACUUACCUGGUUAACAGCAAGCAAUGCUACCUGCUCUACAUGUGGCAGGGUCGUCAUGCGACACAGGAUGAACUGGCAGCCUCUGCAUUUCAGGCUGUGGAUCUGGAUCAGAAGUACGGUGGUGAGCCAGUUCAAGUGAGAGUAACAAUGGGCAAAGAACCCAGACACUUCAUGGCUAUCUUCAAAGGGAAAAUGGUCAUCUUUGAGGGGGGCACAUCUAGGAAAGGGUCGCCUGACCCAGAGCCACCAAUAAGGCUGUUCCAGGUCCAUGGAUCCGACCCGUCCAACACCAAGGCCAUUGAGCUUCCUGCCCUGGCAUCUUCACUGAACUCCAAUGAUGUGUUUCUUCUGAGGAGCCAGACAGGGAUCUAUCUGUGGUGUGGGAAGGGGUCAAGUGGAGAUGAGAGAGCCAUGGCAAAGGAGGUCAGCUCUGUGAUUGGUCAAAGCUCACAGAGGGGCUCUGAGGAGCUGGUGGCAGAGGGUCAGGAGCCCAUUGAAUUCUGGGAGCUACUUGGAGGGAAAGCUCCUUAUGCAAGUGAAAAGAGGUUACAGCAGACAGUCUUAGACCAUCAGCCGCGCCUGUUUGAAUGCUCCAAUAAGACAGGCCGUUUUAUUGUGACUGAAGUCACUCAGUUCACACAGGACGACCUCAAUGAGGAUGACGUCAUGCUGCUGGAUACAUGGGACCAGGUGUUUCUCUGGAUUGGUAAAGACACUAAUGAGGUGGAGCGCACAGAAUCAGUGGUCACAAGUCAGGAGUACCUGCGCACACACCCAGGUGAUAGAGACCCAGACACCCCCAUCGUCUUGAUCAAGCAGGGCUUUGAGCCACCCACCUUCACUGGGUGGUUCACAGCCUGGGACCCCUCCAAGUGGAGUGGAGGAAAGAGCUAUGAGGAGCUGAAGAAGGAGCUGGGAGAUGCAGCGUCACCUCUUCUUGUUUCAACUGAGCAGAGCUGUGUUGAAAGUGAGAAAACGUAUCAGUCAUUUCCACCUGACGCUUUGAUCAACAAACAGGCAAAUGAACUGCCUGAAGGUGUCGACCCCGGCCAGAAAGAGAAAUAUCUUUCUGACUCGGACUUCAGCGAUGUGUUUGGGAUCACCAAAGACGACUUUGUGAGCUUGUCGGGCUGGAAACAGCUGAACAUGAAGAAGGAGAAGGGGAUGUUUUGAUCACACUUUUUCCUCUAUUAUUAUUAUUAAACUACUAAUGUUAA